AUCUCAUCUGAUAUGUUGUACAUUUGACAACUCUGGAACAGACCCAAACGUACAACUCUUAGAAACAAAAUUUGCUCAGGAAGGCAAAGGCAACGAGUAAAAAAGGCGUCUUCUGGCAGUCCCCAAGGGAUUAUCAAACUCCUUCCAUUAUUUUUAAAACUCUCUUUAAUUAGUCUCUUCUCCUCCAACUCCUAUAACUGAAUAUAAAGCGAAAGACCCCAAAGCCCCAUUUCCCGUUACUUUACUCUCAUAAAACCAUCUCUGUCAUCUUUCAUCAUGGCUUAUUCUGCUGUAUCUCAGGUUCCUGUAGCUGUUCCCAUUGGAAGCGACGUUUCUCUAAGGAGAUCUGUGUUUAAGAGGAACGGUAUAAGCUUUAGUGACAAGUCAUGGGCUUCCGCCUUAUCCUUGAAUUUGAAAUCACAAAAUGCACAGAGGAGCAAUCAGUACAUUGUAUGCAUGUCAUUGAAACAAGCCAGCAAAUCCAAAGUUGCAGUUUCACCUUUAGAGUUGGAAACUACAAAAGAGCCCCCACUAAAUUUAUUCAAGCCCAAGGAAUCUUACACAGCUACCAUUGUUUCUGUUGAGAGACUGGUUGGCCCAAAAGCUCCAGGUGAGACUUGCCAUAUUGUGAUUGAUCAUGGUGGUAAUGUACCAUAUUGGGAAGGUCAGAGCUAUGGUGUUAUUCCUCCAGGUGAAAAUCCAAAGAAACCAGGUUUUCCACACAAUGUUCGUUUGUAUUCCAUUGCAUCAUCAAGGUAUGGAGAUUCUUUUGAUGGCAAGACAGCCAGCUUGUGUGUUCGUCGUGCUGUCUAUUAUGACCCUGAGACUGGAAAGGAGGAUCCUUCAAAAAGUGGUGUAUGCAGCAAUUUCCUGUGCAACUCCAAGCCUGGAGAUAAAGUUCAGAUCACUGGACCCUCUGGCAAGGUAAUGCUUUUGCCCGAAGAAAACCCAGACGCCAACCACAUAAUGAUAGCUACUGGCACUGGUAUAGCACCAUUCAGAGGCUAUUUCCGCCGCAUGUUCAUGGAAGAUGUUACAUUCAAGUUCCGCGGCCUUGCAUGGCUUUUCCUUGGAGUAGCCAACAGUGACAGUCUCCUUUAUGAUUAUGAGUUUACCAAAUAUCUUCAGGACUACCCCGAUCACUUCCGGUAUGAUCGAGCUCUUAGUAGAGAGCAGCAGAACAAGAGUGGGGGCAAGAUGUAUGUUCAGGAUAAGAUCGAGGAAUACAGUGAUGAAAUUUUCAAGCUCUUGGAUGAUGGAGCCCAUAUAUAUUUCUGUGGGCUUAGGGGAAUGAUGCCCGGGAUCCAAGAAACAUUGAAGAGAGUAGCAGAGCAGAGAGGUGAGAGUUGGGACGAGAAGCUUUCACAGCUGAAGAAGAACAAACAAUGGCAUGUAGAAGUAUAUUAGUUUUGCAGGAAUAUAUCCAAGUCAUGCCUGUUGUUAAGAGAAGCAGCAGUGUAGCCAAGUUAGACAAUUUGGCAUUUUCAUUUAUGGGUUUCACAUGAAAACCUUCGUUUAGCUGUCAGCAUACAUUUGUAUGAUUGCCAAAGGGACUUAAAAUAAUUGAACUAGUUUCAUGAUUAUUACAAAACUAGAAAACCACUCCAUUGAUGAUUGUUGAGUUUGAUCUGGCUACUUGUGUUUGGUUGUUUCUUCUUUCGUUAUCAUUGUUGAAUGC